AUGGAAGACAUAAAACAGUCCCGUUCCAAAAAACAUGGAAGUAUUGAAAGUCCAGAUUGUUCGGAUACAAGUCUUUUUAAUCAGCUAGAAGCUGAUAUCAAUACUCUAGACUUAACUGAGAGUACAGCCUUUGAUGUGGAGCAGCUGGUCAUAAAGUUCGCUUACUUAGAAUGCAGCGGUAACGCUCAACCUCCACUACAAAAGAAACGCAAGGGCAAGCGCCUUGCCAGUAACAAGUUUGUACAGAGUUUGGAUCUCAAGUUUAAAAAACAUGCAUCAAAACUAGUCAGAACCUUUCGCAAGCGUGCAGACGGGGACUGUUCGUUGCUCUCUACAUUCCUUGAACUUGACGCCGACUAUCAGCAAAAGUUCUUUAAGCUCUCAGAGCUUUAUAGGUUGCUUGAUGAUCGGCAACACCUCGAAGAUUGCAGCCGAGAUCCAGAGAUUAAUAUACUUAAGGUUAAGCAUUUAUUUUUGGAUGAACUCUUUUCUCGCGAGAACACUAACAUAUCAAAGAUUAUUUGUCAUUGUUUGCAUGAAGCACGGUACGAUAAACUCUCCAUUAAAACAGCCAGUGCAAUAUUGGGCAGACUAAAUGAAGCAGCACUUAUUUUUGUUGAUCAACGAAAAGAUUCUUGUCAACCAAGCGACAUUGUGGUAUCUAGCGCUAUCUCUUACGCGUCAAAGCUUACCUUGCCACUCCAAGUUGGCUUCCUUAACAUGGCAGAGGCUGUGAUAUCCAAAGAAAUGAAGCUAGUUGAAGGCUUUUCGCUUGAGGUAAAGGAGAAAAUCAGAAUGUCAUUUUUAGACGCGCUACUUUGCGACAGUAAUUUGGAGCAGUUAUUAAAACACCAUGUGUCCCAAUACCAGGAUUCAAAAAGUGUUAUUUGCAAUGAGCUAAAGCAGUUGUUUCAAAUAGCCAAGGCCAAGGAGCGGCUUCAGGAAUUCGCUCUAGCACUAAUCACCGGAGCAUGCGACGCGUUCGCCGAAGCCAUAAACAGUAGAGUCGGAUUUAACGGUCUACUCAAUCUCAAGGCAUUUCAGAGUGAAGUCUUUCGAUGCCUUUUUCAUGGGAGUGACUUCGGUGAGAUUUCUGAUAAAAUGUGGUCCUAUUUCGAAGCUUCAGACCUUCAUCAGACGUCUUUAAAACUCUAUAUCAAGGUUUUGAACUCUUUUUUCAACAAAGCCUGUUCCAGCCCCUCUAAAGUUACUGAUAUCUCGGUCAACGCACUUAUAGGUUUCAUUGAGUUCUACAGAUUUGGGAAGGGUUUCACGCCGAUAUAUCUCCAACAGUGUUUACUUCGGAGAGCUGUACGGAAGGGCUACAGUUUUCUAAGGGUUUUUUGCGACAGAAAGAAAUUUUGCAUAGAGAGAGACUUCUGUGAAACGUUGAUAACAGAAGGGGCCCCGCAUUCCGAACUAUUGAACAACACUCUCAGAUGUCUCAACAGCUCUCACAACAUGUGUCUGAAAAACCGGGAUAAGGACUGCAAAAUUGAACCAAUUGUUAUUGGAAUGAACGAGAUGAAAAGCAUCUUUAAAGCUCCGAUUUCAGGGAUUCCACAGCUCCCUCAGGAAAUGCAAGCCAUGUGGGAAUCACAAAUUGUGCUUUACCAAGAAGCAGUAGUUGAAAGCACUGUUCCAAAAAAACUCACAUUAGUUCCUACGCUCAAUAACAUCGAACUCUCAACACCCUUUGUUUUGGAAAACUCGUGCCCUCUGGUUUUAGAAGUGAACUUGCUACAGGCAGUUGUUCUUGAUGCUUUCAAUGAUGGGACAGACCAAACCUUUCAAGAGCUCAAAGACUCUCUCAAGUUCGGGAACGAUGAUCUUCUAAGUAUUGCCGUCGGAUCUUAUGUUAAGGCCAGCAUUCUGUUACAGGAGAAGAAUACUUUUACCCUCAAUCAACUUUUCAAACCCGAAAAGAGCGUUUUGAGAGGUAACAAGCUCAGAGUUGACUUCUAG